GGUGAAAGUCGACAGGAGGAGCUGUGUGAUAUGAACUGUGCUCAGGAGCUCAUGACACACACACAAUCGCUCACUCGCACAUCUUGACACACAGCCUGGAUUCCAUAAACGCAGGAUGGGUUGUAACAAGGUGCUGUCCUUUGUGAAGAGUCUAUCCAGACGGAAACCACUGGAGCCCGAUGGUGAAGAGUCCAACUUCAAGCGUUGCUUGACCACCCUCGACCUAGUCGCCCUCGGGGUGGGAAGUACGCUCGGUGCAGGGGUCUAUGUCCUUUCCGGAGAGGUUGCCCGAACGGUAGCAGGUCCCAGCAUCAUCAUCUCAUUCUUUAUCGCCGCGGUGGCAUCUGUGUUCGCCGGCUUAUGCUAUGCAGAGUUCGGCGCCCGGGUGCCGAAGACGGGCUCGGCGUAUCUGUACAGUUAUGUUACAGUGGGAGAGGUGUGGGCCUUUAUCACCGGUUGGAACUUACUGCUGUCCUACAUCAUAGGCACAUCCAGUGUGGCUAGAGCGUGGAGCGGCACUUUUGAUGAUCUGAUUGGAAACCAGAUUGCAAAUUUUUUCCUCGAAAAAACACCAAUGGAUUUACCUGGCCUCGCCCCCUAUCCGGACUUCUUCGCCGCGGGCCUUAUCAUGCUGUUAGCAGGUGUUCUUGCAUUUGGGGUGAAGGAGUCGGCCAUUGUCAAUAAAAUCUUCACAGUUGUAAAUAUAGCCGUGCUUAUUUUCGUCAUCAUUGCUGGAUUUAUCAAAGGUGACAUCGGAAAUUGGCAGAUAACAGAGGAGGAAAUCUUUAACUACACGAUUACCGCAAAUCUUUCCAGUUCUAACGAAACUUUAUCCAGUUUUGGGUCGGGCGGAUUCUUUCCCUUUGGUUUCGAGGGAACGUUCGCCGGUGCAGCUACCUGUUUUUAUGCCUUCGUGGGGUUUGACUGCAUUGCGACCACAGGUGAGGAGGUGAAAAACCCUCAGAAGUCUAUCCCAGUCGGAAUCGUGGCUUCUCUUCUCAUCUGUUUCGUGGCUUAUUUCGGGGUGUCUGCCUCUCUAACACUCUUGAUGCCCUACUACAAACUAAGUCUUCAGAGUCCCCUACCUGUGGCCUUCACCUAUGUGGGUUGGGAUCCGGCGAAGUACGCUGUAGCGGUCGGAUCUCUGUGUGCUCUCUCAACCAGUCUGCUAGGCUCCAUGUUUCCGAUGCCCCGUGUGUUGUUUGCCAUGGCCAGAGACGGGCUGCUUUUCAAACCUUUGAGUAACAUGAGCGCCCGACAGAGCCCGGUCGUCGCCACACUCGUUUCUGGAGUGAUAGCAGCAAUCAUGGCCUUGGUGUUUGACCUGAAGGCUCUAGUAGACAUGAUGUCUAUUGGAACUCUCUUUGCCUACACGCUUGUGGCCAUUUGCAUCCUAAUUCUAAGAUACCAGCCAGACCCAAAUGAAAUCAUCGAAAAGGAAGAACUUAAGAAUCAGAAAUGGAAUCCCUUUCGUCCUCCCGAAUCCCCUUCUGCUGCAAGUUCUAAAGGCGUGUCUCUGCUGACCAUACUGUGCAUUGUGCUUGCGAUCAUCCUGUGCGUGACCAUAUCUCAAGGUAUAAAAGCUAAUCUGAUAGGUGAAUGGUGGAUGAUUCUGAUCAUCACUUUGGUUUCUCUGGGUCUUGUCGUGACGGCCAUCAUCAUUUGGCGGCAGCCACAGAAUAAAACAAAAGCCGCAUUCAUGGUCCCUUUGCUGCCAAUACUUCCAAUCUUUAGUACGUUCAUCAAUAUCUAUUUAAUGGUCCAGCUGGGAGGUGAAACGUGGAUCCGGUAUGCAGUGUGGAUGGCAAUUGGCUUGGCCAUCUACUUCUGCUAUGGAGUGCACUUUAGCGUACAGAAGAAACGGAGCCGGUCUUCUCAACACCCUGUCCAUGUUGACACCAUCGAUGGCAAACUGAAGACGGAAAAGUCAAAUGGAUUCACCUCAAGUGAUCUACAAACAAAGCUGUAAAGACAACACGAAUAUCUCGGCACCAGAAACAGGGCUUUAUCAUUAUCUGAUUUUGAUUUAGAAUGUCUGUGAAUAUGUACAAACAAAGUGAUACACUCUUUCAAAGAUACUUUGAAAAUAUAAAUAUUAUAAAUAUGCUUUAUUUUAUGUGUUGUUAUAUAGUAAGCUCAAAUAAUACGUUUGUAUUUUCAAUUACAGCUUUGUAUAUUUUCUACCAAGAUGUAAAAUGUAAGCAUUAAAGACUUAAAGGGAUAGUUCACCCAAAAAAGAAAAUUCUGUCAUCAUUUAUUAACCCUCAGGUUGUUCCAAACCUGUAAACGUUUAUUUGUUCUGCUAAACACAAGGGAAGAUUUUUGGAAGAAUGUAAGCGAGCAGGUCUCGCCCCCUCAUUGACUCCAACAGUAUUUAUUUUCCCUACGGCAGUAAAUAGGGGGCGAUCUGCUCGGUUACUGACAUUCUUCCAAAUAUCUUCCAUUGUGUUUAGUAGAACAAAGAAAUGUAUACAGGUUUGGAACUAUCUGAGGGUGAGUAAAUGAUGACAGAAUUCAAAUUUUUGGAUGAACUAUCACUUUAUUAAUCAUAUUUCUAAAAUCUACAGUACAUGUUAGUUGCCGAUAUUAUCAUAUCACAACAUUUUAUGUUUUAUUUUUGUUCCACAAAGUAUAUAUUGUAAGUUAUAAACAAAUGUAUUUGAUGUAAGUGCUUUAACUUGUGGAUUUAAAACUGAAUUAAAAUCACCAUAACACCUGCUUUAAAAUCCACAUCAUUGAUGCCCAUCAGUGUUGGGUGUAACUAGUUACUAAGUAAUUAGUUACUGUAUUUUAAUUACUUUUCCCUUGAAAAAGUAAAGAAAGGGAUUACUCGUAUGUUUUGUGUAAUUUAAUUACAGUUACUUUUGAUGUACUUAAACUAAAUAGUUUGUGAAAUAUAUGCAUGUGCAGUAGUGUAAUUGACAUCAAAAUUCAAAGUCUUACUUUAAAAUCUGUGCUCACAUUUGUAAUACUUUGGUCAGUUAAUAAUAUUAUUUAUUUGAAUGAAUUUAAUAAGCCGUUUCAUGUCUUUCCUUGAAUCACUUAACUAAUCAAGGUCGAUGUAGGAUAUAGAAACUAAUAAGUAAUGAGUAACUAAAUACUUUUUCGACAGAGUAAUUUGGACAGUAAUCUAAUUACACUAUUGAAUGUGUAAUGAGUAACUAGUAAUUAAUUACUUUUUCAGAGUAACUUACCCAACUCUGAUGCCCAUUG